ACACUAGUUCAGAAUGGCAGAAUUCUCCUUAAACAUUCAGAAACACAUAAAAGCAAAUCUUGUUGUGAGUGGAAAAUUUGAUGGAUCGCACGCGUGUCUUGCGGCUGCUACACCUGGCGGAACCAUUUUGGUGCACAGUCCGCAUAGGCAACCACAAGUCGAUUAUUCUGAUCAUAAACAAUCGAAUAAAAGAUUGUCAUGGAGCGGGGAACUUGCGGAGCUUCAAAUUGGCACCGAGGUGAAGUCAUUGUGCACUGGUCGUCUUGGAGAAGACGAAAGGGAUAUUCUUUUGGUCGGUACUAUUUCUCACGUGCUUGCUUAUCAUGUCGAAGACAAUGCUGAUGUUUUCUAUAAGGAGAUGUCGGAUGGUGCAAAUUGCAUGCUUGUCGCAAAAGUUGGAUGGUUGCCGAACCAUGUUGUAAUAAUAGGUGGCAAUUGUUCAGUGACCAUCUUAGAUGCACAUGGAACGGAAAUAUUUUGGACUGUAAUGGGAGGUAUUGUUACUUCACUAACAGCGUUUGAUUUUGAUGGAGAUGGAGAAAACGAAUUACUGACGGGUACAACAGAUUUUGAAAUUAGAGUGCAGAAGAAAGACACUAUACUUUGGGAAACUAAGGAAACAGCAGCGAUUAUUGUUUUCACUGAUCUUCCGAACAGGCAGUUUGCUUAUGCUCUAGAAAACGGAACAAUUGGUGUCUAUGAAGCGGGGCAAAGAUUGUGGCGAGUUAAAUCAAAGCACAAGGUGAUAUCUGUAAACACUUUUGAUAUAAACGGAGAUAGUGUAUUGGAGCUGAUCACUGGUUGGAGUAGUGGAAAAGUAGAUGCGAGGACGUAUAAUACUGGUGAAGUCAUAUUCAAGAUUCAGCUAUCAUCCGGCGUGGCAGGCAUAGUAGAAGCUGAUUAUCGAAGAACGGGUAAACCCGAUCUGGUGGUAAUUUCUACCAAUGGCGAAGUACGCGGAUACAGUGCUGGUUCUGCCAUGCAAGCUCCGGAACCCGGCGAGAUAGUUCGUGAACUAUUAGCCAAGAAGCAGGCACUUCAGAUGGAAUUGCGACAGAGGGCUGCAACGGGUUCUAGUAUGUAUUAUGGAUCGAGAUUAGCCAUUAGCCUGUUAACAAAGAGAGGCGCAGCUCGCGUCGCGCUUGCAGCUGGACCCGGGCUUCUGGUAUAUUGCGCCAUAGUCUUUGCCGAAGGUGUUUUUGAGGGCGAAACACUGGUCACGCAUCCCAAUCGGCCGCAAGGGGAGUUAGAAAUCGCGCUUUAUCCUGCCAAGAAUGAUCCCGUAGAUAUUCACGUUAAGGUUUACGUUGGACCUCCUGGUACCGAUCUAUUACAGGUCUUUGAAAUAACACGACAAUUGCCAAGAUUUUGUAUGUAUGAGCGUAUCCCGAAGCCGCAACUUGUUUCGGAAGAAUUAUCGAGUAAUGGUGUUGAGAUGGAUAUCGCGGAGAGACCGCAGCGAAUCGCUAUCUGGCUGAACCAGAGUAUCAUUAUGGGAGAGGAACUAGAAGUUGCAGAAGGUGGCCCGAAUGCCGGAUGCAUCGAAGUGUGGCUUCGUGGGAUGCGGGACAACAAAGUGCAUUGUUUCAAAUCGAACGCCAGUGGAAAAGUGAUAAUUCAGACGGACGAUGCAACGUUAGCUGGCGACAUUAUUCAAUCUCUGACUAUGUAUUUAGGCGUCAGAGAACUAACUUCAGAAGCCACAUUUCCUGCGGAAGAGAAGAGGAUAUUAGACGCAUUGGAGCGUGUCAAGGGCUUGAAGGAGGUUGACGCGCGGCUCCAAGCGGAAGCUGCGGGUGGUGUUACUCUUUUGAAGAGUAUUGUGAUCCGUUUAGAAGAUGCUAGAAUUCUCGAGAACAUUGACGACAUGCGAAAGAGACUGAUGCAAUUAAAAAACAUCAAUGGCGAUUUAAUUCGAGAGUACGAGAUUCGCCUGAACAGUCAUCGAGAACUCGCGGCUAGUUUAAAAGAAUUGAAUAUUGGAGUGCAGCGUGCAGCGAGACUCAGAGUUGGGAAAGCUGCUUCCAACGCAGUAGCUCGUUGUAGAACGGCGAUACAAGAUGAAAAUCCGAAAGCCCUUGCACUUGCGAUAAGACAUGGCUAGAGAGAUCCUUGCAGAAGUUUAAUUUAUUGCUGGCCAAUUUAAUAGUGAAAAAUAGUGCUUAAUUACUUAUUUUUAAUAUUAAAAGCACUGAAUACUAGUAAUCAAUCACUACCUUCAAGUAUUAAAUUUUUAUUAAAUUAAAUAAAAUACAGAACUCUUGUUAUUAAAUAGAGUUGUUAGAUUAA